UAGUUGACACGCUUCCGCACCGUAUAAAAGUCCUAACGUCAAUUACCAUUCACCCCUUACCACAGCUCCUUCUACCGACUGCGUACGAAUCAAAACAAGAACAAAACAAAGCCGCGAAAAAGUUUCCAGAAAGAAUACAGAGAGAAAACAUGAAGAUCACGGCGCUUCUUGUGCUUAAAUCCACCGGCGACGGUUCCGAAUCGGUUUUUCUAGCUAACGCUUCUGAUGUGAGUCACUUCGGUUACUUUCAACGCUCCAGCGUCAAAGAGUUCAUCGUUUUCGUAGGUCGCACCGUAGCCAAUCGUACCCCUGCAGGCCAGCGUCAAUCCGUUCAACACGAAGAGUACAAGGUGCACGCGUACAACAACAAAAAUGGUCUCUGUGCAGUGGGAUUUAUGGAUGAUCACUAUCCAGUUCGAAGUGCGUUUUCUCUUCUCAGCCAGGUGCUGGAUGAAUAUCAAAAAAGUUUUGGUGAAUCAUGGAGAACCAUUCAGGAAGACAGUACUCAAACAUGGCCCUAUUUGAAUGAUGCUCUCGUGAAAUUCCAGGAUCCUGCAGAGGCUGACAAGUUGAUGAGAAUCCAGAGGGAGUUGGAUGAAACAAAAAUCAUCCUUCACAAGACCAUUGAUAGUGUUCUUGCACGAGGGGAGAAGCUGGACAGUUUAGUUGAGAAGAGUUCUGAUCUGAGUGCAGCGUCGCAGAUGUUCUACAAGCAAGCGAAGAAAACCAACCAGUGCUGUACAAUAUUGUAAGCUUUCAAGACCAUCAGUAUCAUGUGAGCUUGUCUGAAUCCUGUUCUGACGUUGAUGCUGUUGGAUAGGGUGAAAAUAGCUUCGUAUGUCUAUAACACUCUCCAUUGUCUGUUUUGUGAAAUUCUGUGAUUUUCCCGGUUAUAUGUAUUGCAUACGGGAACGAAAUAUUGGCCAAAGGUUUCAGUGUGUUGGCAAAAUAACAUUCUCAUUUACUUUGUUUGUGAUACUUCGAUAAUUUUUAGUGUUUUGCAUAUAAAACUACUUUGAUGAAA